UCCCCGUGACCCAAGAAGUUCGGAUAAGCGGUAGAAAAUGAAUGAAUGAAUAAUAUAUAUUUGUUUAUAUUAUAUAUUUUGUUUUAUAUUGUUACAUGUUUUGGGAUAUGACAAUUCAGUCAGAAGAUUUUAUCAGUCAUCACACUACUACACACACUACACACUGUCUGAUAAACUCACUGGGUUUCUAAUCAAAAAACAGUAUUUUAAAUUUAGUCUGAAUUUCAGUGUUUUCCUUUUUUAAACUGAUGUAUUUGCACCAUCUACAAACCUAACAAAGGUGUUUUCUUCAUGAUGUCAUCUUAAUAUCAUGUUUCUUUCUGAUGUUUUAAACAGGACUUUUAUCAUGGGUAGGUAUAUACUGAAGAUUUGCUCAAAUCUUUUCAUUGAUGGUAAUCAUAGGGCACCCUGCAUAGAUUAUUUGAUUAUCAGAUUAAAUUUUAAUAGAACACAGAAAAUUUACUGGAAAGUUAUUACAUUUUAUUUUAUAUUUCAGUUGAGGUCUUGGAUGUCUGAAGAAUCAGAUUUAAAGUUUAAGCUGAUUUUAUCAGGAAAAACACUGAAUACCCACAAGGACUUCAUAACUCAUCUUAACCAACGAGUUCACCUGAAGGAGGUGAAUACAGAGGAUGAGUGCGAUUUCAUUCUGGUUUUCUGUCCAAUUGUGUCACGGGCUAGAACUGACAUUGAAGCAGCAAUGAAACGUCUACAUGAUAUUUCAGACACCAAACCUGUAGUCCUGGUGGUGCUCCAUCACACAUUUGAUCCGGAGUGUGAUGUCCCAGACAGCAUCAAAUGUGUAAACAGAAAGAAUAUGAUCGCAGUCGACUGUCUGUUCCAUGAAGAUAGAGGAUUACUGCAGUGUCUGAAGAAUAAUAAAUCACUGCACAAAACUUUACAACAUUUGGAGAAAGAACAACAUAUAAAACUGAAAAAGCAAGAGCAAGAACCGAGACAGAGAACAAGAGUCAAUGAAGAAAAAGAUGAAGAACAGCUGAACAAAAUAGAAAUUGUUGAGGAAAUUGUGAAAAGAAAGGAAGAGGGUUUAGAGUAUUUAAAGGAUUUAAAGGAGAUGAUAAUCGUAUCAGAGAAACAGAAAACUGAUUUAGAGGAAAAAAACAGACAUCUUUUGGGGCAUUUGGAAUCAAAAGAUAGACAACUUCAGGAGAAAGACAAACUUAUGAUGGAAAAUACACAAACACUUCAGAGGAAGGACAAGACACUGGAAGAGAAUAAGACAUUGCUCAAACAGACAAGAGCUGAACUGGACAAAACAAUUAAGGCGUUAGAAGACAGUCAGCGACACGUGGAGGAGAAAAACACCCAACUAGAGAAUCUGAACAAACUGCUGAAGGAGAAAGAAACACAGUUGAAGAACACCGAUAAAGAGCUGGAAACCAGUACAAAUAAACUGGACACACUGGGACAGGAGCUGCAGGACAAGCAGAGACAACUACAGGACACGAUGAUCGUAGUUGAGCAACAGAAAUCUGAGUUAGCAGAAAAAAAACAACAGCUUGAAGAGAAAGAGAGACUUCUAACUGAGAGAGAGACACAGCUAAUGGAAAGAGACAAAGAGCUUCAGGAGAAAGACAGACUUCUAGAGGAGAAAACAAAGCAGCUGCAGAAUCAUCCGCCUCCAUCAGAAUCAUCAGCCUCCAUCAGGAGAAGUAAUAGCAUGGAUCUUUUACCUCCAAUAAUGAGUGAAGAGACUCAGGACUCAGCAGCACCAAUCAGGAGAAGUAACAGUUUGGAUGGAAAUCGUCCAAUAAUGGGUGGAGAAUCGUCUAGUCCACAUUAUCCUGCGUCGGUUCCUGUAGCAGAACUGAGGCUGGUGCUGCUGGGGAGGACGGGGUCUGGGAAGAGUGUAACAGGAAACAUCAUCCUGGGCAGAGAGGAGAGGAACCAGGCUGCUACGUCUACAGCCACAUCUACAGCCACCCAGCAGAGUGAGAGCACACAGGGGGAGGUGGCUGGGAGGAAGGUGACCGUGGUGGACACGCCUGACUGGUUCUCUCCUGAACUGUCUCUGGAGAAGCUGAGACAGGACGUGGGACUCUGUGUCUGUCUGUCUGCUCCACCACCCCACGCCUUCCUCCUGGUCAUACCUCUAAAGCAGCCUACAGGAGAGGAGAGAGGGAUGCUGGAGAAAAUGGAGGAGAUCUUUGGAGAGACCUGCUGGAGAAACACAAUGAUCAUAUUCAGUGUUACUGAUGAAUGUGAGAAGAAGAACAUUGAGGACUUUAUCCAAUCAGGAGACCAGGAGGUCCAGAGACUUGUAGAGAAAUGUGGGAACAGGUUUCACUGUCUCAACAUUAAUGACAGUGGAGAUAGUUCUCAGGUCUCAGAGCUGUUGGAAAAGAUAGAGAAUAUGGUGGAAGGAAGCAGAGAGAAAUUCUACAGCAGUGACAUCUAUCUGGAGAUAGAAUCUCUAAUUAGAGCAAUGGAAGCAACGAUUCAAAAGAAAAAAGUAGAGAAAAGAGAGAGAGAGGAGAAGGACAUGAAAGAAAAAAUAGAGAAGGAGGUGCAGGAUUCUCUGAGAAAGAUAGAGGGAGUGAUCGAGGAGCAUGAAAGAGACAUCAGACAACUUAAUGUUCGAACAACUGAACUGGAGAGAAAGAUGAAAAAAGAGAGGGAUGAAGAGGAAAAGAAAGAACUGGAACUGGAACUGCAACGAGAGGUACAGCGAAGGACAGAAAUCGGAGAAGAGUUGAUGAAACUAAUAGAAAAGAGAGAGAUGGAGAGGAGAGAGAUGGAGAGGCACAGACAAGAGAUGGAGGAGAUCAGGGACGUGUAUGAAGGAGAGGUCAUGACAGAGGCGGAGAGAAAGCUCAUGAAGAUCAUCCUGCCUGAAUUCCAAAGAAAGUUUUUAGUCUCAAAAACAAAGAUGCAGGAAGAUUUCAGCAGACGGAUGGAGGAGAAGUACAGAGAGAUGGAGACUCUUCAACAGAAACUUUUUGAGGUCACAGAAAAUUUCAGUAUGCUGAAAGAAGCAUACAUUACAACUGUGCUGGACUUCACAAACCCAGAACAGGAAUAAACACUUUACUUGAAAGCUGAAGGUACAUUUUAAGGGUUUGAUGAUACACUGGUUUGACACCUUCAGGACAAAACCUGUGGAAAAUAUAUUUCAUUGUUUAUGUACAUUGUUUUAUUCACCUUUAAACAACACUAUUAACCAUUUUAUACCACACUGCUGCUCAAUGAGGUUCGUAUUUGUAACAUUAAAUUGAAGGAGUUGAUGGUUUGUGAAAGAUCAGAGCUCACUACAGUUCACUGUAUAAUCAGUGUAAUAAAUACAGUGCACCCUUUAAACCUCAUGAAGAUCAUCCUGCAUGAACUCCAGAGAAACAUGUUGUCCUCAAAAACAAAGGGUUCAGCAGACAGAUAGAGGAGAAGAACAGAGAAACUUUCAGAGCUCAGAGAACAUCUCAGACUGAGGGAAGAAGUCUAUAGGACAACAGUGAUGAGUGUAACAUAUCAGAUCCAGCUGCAGGUUUAAGAUAAGUUUAUGUUGCAUUUAUGACUUUGCUGCUUUAUUGAAAAAUCACACAUCGUGACAGAAUUCUUUUAUUGUGACUUGAAAUCAGAGGCAUUAUAUUUUAUAAUGUGAACAUCAACUAGAGGACGAUUUUGUGCAAAGUCAGUUAUAAUAAAGGUCUGGCAUUAUGAGAAAUGUUCUCUUGACAUGUCAGUGUGUGUGCUGCUAUGAUGUUCAUCUAAAACUCACCAACAGCAGGAGGGUUUCAGAUACCACAUGUGACAUGUAAACUGGUACUGGAAUAGCAGAACUCCAGUUCAGACGCUUUCUCUGUGAUGCGACUGCUUUAUUUUCUAUUUAUCAGCAUCAAGACAGAGAAAAGAGACUGAUGAAGGAAUCACAUAUCUAUAGCUGUUAUUAUUCCUGUUAUAACUGAUAACUCAGACGUUUCACAGCAUUUACAUGUUAAACUAAAUGUGAAAAGUAAUGUGUCAUUCUGUAAUUAAUAAACUCUAAGAAUGUUUGUAGUAAGUAAAUAAUCUAUUUCCAGGUGGGAACAGUAAUCUAAUCAUUAAUCAUUUUCCUCUAACUGAACACCUCCAAGUGUUUUAUUCUGUAAUGGUGUUAGUUAGGGGAGUCUAUAAUGAUAGAAACACAGGAACUGAAACCAUGUAGUGACACUUUUCCUGUGUUUAAUAAUGUUUUAGUGUCACUGUUACUUCACUAAGCUCUUUUCUCCUGGUGUCUGGUUCUGCUUCUUAAUUCAUGCCUCAUUUCUGUAACAGAAACACAAACAGCUGAAUGAGUGACACAUUUCUACAUAAUCUGGGUGUGUAAUAAAAUUGAAUGUGUAUUUACUGAAAGGUUUAUGGAAUGUUUUGCAUGUAGAAAUGAACAAUAACUAUAAUAAAGAGGUCAACAACA